AUGGAAGGUGGGGUAAUAAAUUUGAAAAGAGAAAAAAGUUCCAUUAGAACAUUUGUUAGAUUCUGCCCAUCUAAAAAAAAAAUUUUUUGUGAAAACUCAAAAGAAUGCCAAUGGGUAUUUAACGCAGAAGACCACGGUAAAUCGGUUAGGGCAAGUAGAAAAUCGUCUAUUUCAAAAACUAGAUGUUGCACUGUUACUGACGAAAUAUUUAAAGAGGAUGUAUGUAAUAGUGAAAUUUAUAGAAAAACUAUGUUACAACAACAUGCUGUUAAUGUUUUAGAUGGCAUUUCUACAAAUGUGAUAAUUUGUGGCCCUCAUAAAACAGGUAAAACAAAUUUGUUAAUUGGUUCUCAAAGAAGUAUUGGUAUAGUACUUCAAUCUAUAUAUGAUAUUUUUGCUGCUAUAAGAUGCUACACAAAUGGUCUUCACAUUAAUGAAAGAGGUGUUAACACUGAAACUAGUGGUAACUUUGAUCGACUUUUUGUUGUUAAGGCAUCUGUAUUAGAAAUAGGAGAAGAUUCUUCAAACUAUAAAUUGGAUAAUGUUCGUGAUUUAAUUAAUCCAGAAAAUCCAUUACAAUUGAUUAAAAAUUUGGGGGGUGAAUUAGGUUAUUUUAUUAAGGGUGAACACGAGCAUCUAUUUGAAAAUGAAGAAAAACUGGUUGCAUCAAUUUUGUCUGCAGUAGCAAGGAAAAAGGUUUUAGAUGCAAUUCGUAGAGAAAGACUUGAUGAUCGAAAGAAAAAAAAAACUCCUGAGCAAAUACAAAAUACAAUAUUUGGUGAUUUUGGUGAAAGAUGGAUUAAAGAUGAUAUGAUCGGCAGUCUGGUGAUAACUAUUUCAGUUGAAUCAGCCGACAGAUCAGAAUUAGAAAACAAUAUAAGGAAAAAUGAAAAAGUAAUAAAUACAACGCAUGUAAACUGUGGGACCUUACGAUUUUUUGAAAUAUCAUCUUGUAUUAGCACAAGUACUAAAGUAAAGACAGUAAUUCCGCUUUUUGGUUUGCUCGAUUUAGCAUUCGAGAUCAGGAAAUAUUGUCAUACAAAUGAGAAAAGCAAUCGAAUCAAUAUUACAAAUAUUAGUAGCUAUAUUGCAUCUACUAUAAUUGAUUCAAACUUGACUGUAAUUGGUACGUUAUCAAGGUAUCCUUUAGAAAAAAAGUGUUGCAUUCGUCCUUUAAUAUCACCAUAUGAUAAUCAAUCAACUGUUCAACCCCAUUCAAUCUUUGAUACAUUGCAAUUUUUGGAGUAUGUUGGUAAUAGCAUGAAAUUUCCGAUAUAUCCUCAAAGAAAUUGUUUCAAAAAACCAUUUGUUCAAUCAAAACUUGUGGAGAUUUGUAGGAAAAAUAUAAUGAAGGAUUCCAAAAAUAUUAAUAGCAAGAUGGUAAUUAAGUCAGAAAGGGGAAUCUGGCAAAGUGAGAGUAGCGGAAGAGUUACCAGAAUAAUCCGACUUCUGACAUUUAUUAAUCGUUCUAUUGAAGGUUCUGGAAUACUAAGAAUUUUGAUGAGUGGCAAUGAAGAUGACAUUAUUAGAAUUUAUUGCGAAAAUAUCAUUGGGUCAGGUGUAAUUGACCUUGAUGGUUUCCAAAUUAAUAAUUCUACUGGAAAAUGGUUCCAAAUUGAAAAUUAUAAAUUACCUGAAAAAGAACUGGAACAAAGGAAAAAGCUAAAAUAUAUUAAUCAAAUAGAGCAGAAAUAUGGAGGAAAAGAUAAUAUCAAAAAAGAAACUUUGCUCGAUAAUAAAAAAGUUAAAUUCAAUUGUAGAAAAACAGAAGAAAAGAAAAAUGAAAUUGAAGAUCAUAUGGAGAAUAAGAUAAAAAAUCUUGACUUUACGAUAAGAAGUGAAAAAAUAAAUGAUGUUCAUUUUAAAGAUAUUUCAGAAAACAAAGCUCCUAAUCAACUAAAAAAUAGUUUAAAAUUUGACGAUAUCUUACUUUCAUCAAAUGGAGAUGAAAAAACUGAAAAUAAUGGGUCUGAAAUUGAUAUUACUGAUAUAUUCGAUUCUACAGCAUUCGAAAAUAACAAAAAUAAGUUCGUUAAUGAAGAUUUUAAUGUCAAUCUAUGUGAAAAAUCAGAUAAAUUAAGUAAUACUACGAAGAAAAAAAUAUUUGUUAGUGAAAAUGUUGGUAAUAGUAACAAAUAUCCGAAUAUCGACGAAUGUAUCGGUGAAUCAAAUAAUUUUAAUAAUCAAGUCAGCGAAAGAAUUGGUCCUGAUUCAAAUAUAUUUGAUCCAGUUAAACAAUACGAAAAGUUGUUAAAAAAAACUAUUUCGCUUAACAAACUACAAAAAUCUAUCAUGGAAAAUCAAAAAAAAAUAAUUGGAGAUGAAUCUCUACAAUUCAACGGAAAUACUGAUAGUAUAAAUGAUUACAUGUCUAAGCUGGAAGGAAAAAAAUCUUCUAAUUAUUAUCCAUUAGUUAAUAAAAAAGCUAUUGAGGCAAGUCAAAAGGCAAUAGAAGCCAGUAAAAAAGCUAUUGAAGCUAGUAAACAUUUAUAUGAAAGAGAUGUAAACCAUAAAAGAGGGAAAAUUCAUGAUUUUAUACCUGCUUCAAAUAAUUUCCCACAAAUAGAUAUUUAUGCACCAUCAUAUGAUUCAGAUAUUGAGUAUGAUAAAUUCCACAGCCCAAAAGAUAUUGUAUUUGAUUUUAAAUCUUCAAACGAAAGUGACCAAGAUGAAGAAGAACAAAUUUUAGCUAGCCCUUAUAAAAGUAAUUGCUCGAAAAAAAAGGAUAGUUGCCCUUGCUGUGAUCAGCUAUCGAAAAGGAGUAAAUGUCGUUGUCACUAUGCAGAUGCAUCUGUAAAUUUUAAUGGAAUAAGUGAGACUUCUGUCAAUACGGACAAAUCUCUAUUCCUAUAUUAUGAGCCAGGUGCUGGAAGAAAUGAAAAGAUUAAACCUAAUGGUAGAAGUUGGGACAUAUUUGUUAAUAUUCCCAAGAAGUUUACAGAUAUAAAUGCCCUUGGAUUCAAACAUAAAGAAUUAUGUCAAAGCAACAACCAAAAUUCUGAAAAUUAUUCAGAUAAUGAUAAUUUUGAAGUUUCUGAUUCACGAAUAAGUUCUUAUGAAACUAUUCCCGAUCAAAAUUUCUCGAAUACUACAUCCGAAUUUGACAGAAGUUCUUUUCAAACUGAAAGAUUUCCUGGUCCACCACAAAAACUUAUUACAGAGAACAAUAAAUUUCCCAAUAAAAAGUCAAACUUUGAAAGUAAUUUAAUCAUAGAAGAUGAAAACCAACGCAUUAAAAAUAAUAUUUUGGAUGAUCUUAAGGAAAUUAAAAGGCAAACUUCAAAUCUAAAACAUCAAUUUACAUUAGAUCCCAAACUGUUCAGACCUCUUUAUGAUAGUAAUAUCCCAGAACAAUGCAACAAUCCACUAAAGAAAACUAAUGAUGGUAUAAAUUUGAGAGAUAUUGAACAGUAUUCUUCUUUCACCCAUAAUUCAAAUAAAAACGGGUUGCCUUUAUUUGAUAAUAAUUUAAACCUAAAUUCCAAUCAUUCCGAUUAUCCUAAUUUUAAUUCGGAAAACUCACCUCGUGAAAAUUCAUUGGAGAGUGUCAGUCUCCCUAAUUCCCAAGUUUAUCAGCCUUAUACUACAGGUAAUUUAAAUAACUAUUCAGAAGACAAAUACUUAGAGGAAAUAGAAAUGGAUAUUAAUGAACAAAUGGAUAAUUUCUUAGGGCUAGUUAAUAAAAAUCCAUUAAACACACGUUUCAGUGAGAGCAAUAAAGAAGAAAACAUGAGCAACCGCGAAUACGAAAAGAUUCCAAUAGAAAACGUUAUUAGAGAAGUUGGAUGCUGUCAUGUUAAGUACAUAUUACCAUUUCCAAAAAAUUUAAAACCGAAGGUUUUUAAGGGAACUAAUAAUUUUCAGUUUCCAUAUUUGAAAUCACUAUAUUAA